CUUUGAGGUAAUCCGGAUUGAUUUUUAUAGGUAUAGGCUGGAAUACAUUUGAAGAAUAUUGUCUUCUUAAUUUGCAUUAAACUUUUUAGGUUUUCCACAGGUUGAACAUCAAAUUGAGUCAUGAUAAUUAUUUUACCAUAGGAUCUCGUAUUUUAACAUAUAUAUCUAUCAACUCUUUUCCGAGAGCGCGGUUUAGAAAGAUUUUGUAUAAUUUAUUCGGUGCGGCUACUUCUCGCCGUCCGCAGUGUUCCUUUCGUAGCAGUACUCUUCCUACGCUGCAAAGCUAUUUCUCGGUGAGAUGGAGUCCAACAGCAAUGACGCAGGGUAGCGGUCAUGUAGGUCAUCAUUUCGACACCAACACGUGCCAGGUUCUCACGCAUCACGGGGCUAGUUUCUUGUAAUAAAUGAUAAUCAUCAUGAAGUGAUUAAGGCUCUUCUGCAGGUCUAUGAAAGAAUGGAGAUGGAGGAGGGAGACGAAGCGAUUUUGGUGGAAGCGGUGAAUUAAGGGGUAAGCGGUGCAACCUUGUCUUUAAUUGGCACAAUCACAUCGGAGAAACUGGUACGUUUCUCUAUAUUUAGAGACACUAUGGCGUCAGUUUGGAAACCCGUUAAGGGAUUUAGCAUGAUAGAUAUUGGAACUAGGCGUUAUGUGUUUAAAUUUUAUCAUGAGUGUGACAUGCUUAAAGUGGCAUUAGAAUAGCCGUGGCUAUUUGAUCAUAAUCUGGUUGUCCUAAAAAAGCUUGAAGUAGGUGAUUUACCGUUGACUGUGGCUUUGAACAAGACAGAUUUCUGGAUACAGGUUUAUGGAAUUACGCUUGACUAUUUCUCUCUAAAAAAUGCUGAAAGAAUAGGUAAUUUUGUUGGAAAAUUUGUGAGGAUGGAUGAACACAAUUUUAAUGAAAAGUGAAAUCCUUUUAUGCACAUUCAGCCAUUCAGGCCACCAUUGAUAGUGACAAACCUUUGAAAAAAAAAACUUUUUUUUGGAAACGGAAGAGGGUAACAACUAUUGUGUUUCUUUCCGCUUUGAAAAAUUGCCUGGCUUUUGUUUUCUUUGAGGAAUAAUUGGGCAUGUGGAGAACUUUUGUCCCCGGAAGAUGCGGAUCAGCUUGGAGGGGAGUGCUAGAUUGUUUGGACCCUGGCUCAGAGCUACGAAGGGAGGGUUCAGAGUGAAGAAUUCCACCGAGUUUGGAAGAUGGGGAACGGCUGUUCAAUCUUCCCAAAACCGUGCGUUGCCACUCGUAGUGUUGAUUCUCCACUCUUUUGCUUGGGUCGAUCGGUCGAUGCUUUUGCUAAUUAGAAGAGUCAAGAGCACAAUAUUUCAUUAUGUAAUUUAAUUACGGAGUAUCAUUAUGUAAUAAAUAAAGAUCAACACUCUAUUUCAAUGAAGAGAUUCGUCGUCCGUCAUCUGGCCGUGUGAGCUUUCCCUUAGGAAUGUCGAGUGCAUCUGAAUCUACUCCCAGCAAAGGGCAAAGCUGUACCUUAGACUACCAUCCGGCUGUGUACUGCCAUUGUGGAUUGAAAUCCCCUCUAUGUGUUGGACGGGGAAGCGGGAGAAGUUUUUAUGGGUGUCAAAAUUGGCUGGGUGCUGGUUGUGGUUUUUUCAUGUGGAAGGAUUCAGAUUCGGCUGAAAGAAAAGCGCCACUUGUUGGUACAUUGAUGAAGACGAAUACAGAUGAUAUGAAGGCCUUGGUUUCUGGGAUUGCUGAACACAUAUGUGCUGUUGAAGAAAAACUUGGAUGUGUUGUAAAGGUUGUUGAAAAAGAAGCACAAGAUAACAAAAGAUUUAGGCAGAUGUGUGGUUUAGUGUUCAUUGUAGUUGUUUGUUUUCUUGGUAUUCUGUAUAUGAAUGUCAACAAGAGUAGGUACAUGUACUAGGAAUUUAGAAGUAUUUGAGCAAGUGAUGUUGUUUGUAGUCUGCUUUCAUUUGCAGAGGUAAUGUUAACAUGAUCCUUGUUGGGACAUAUUUAUUCAAUUGAGUUUAAA